AUAGUAAGCUACUGUAGUACAUUACCUUUCAUUGUAUAACAUGUACUGAGAUCCGACGGUCACUGUUAGGUAGACGAUUAUUUUAACAAAUUUCUAAACCUUUUAAAUAAAUGUGAUCGUUACAAUAUUAUAAUAUUCAUCACAGAAUUUUUAUCAGUGCCCGCGGAGUGACCUGUCACGAUGGCUACGCUAGCAUUCAAGAAUCUAGAAUGGAACCUCAACCAAAGUCAGUACCCAAAUGAAACUGACCAUCUCCCGUUGAUGAAGGCCCUGGAACCAGUCCUGAUGAUACUGGCGGUCUACCUGCUCUUCGUGCUAAAAAUUGGCCCAGCAUUCAUGAGAAAACGAGAGGCGUACAAACUAACAAACACACUUCUCGUCUAUAAUAUUAUUCAAGUAGCAAUAUCCGCAUUUUUAGUGAAAACUUACUUCCAAGAUUUAUGGAGCACCGGUUUAGUUCCAAAAACUUGUCACAUGGAACGAGUGGAAGACCGAAAAUACAUUGUAACCCACAUGUAUUUUUACUUCGCCGCCAAAAUAACUGAGCUUCUGGACACAGUCUUCUUCGUGCUACGGAAGAAGGAUAAUCAAGUGACCUUCCUCCAUUUGUACCAUCACACCUGCAUGGUUCUUGGCACCUUUGCCACUUUGAAGUACUUCCCGUCACACAAUCUACUCUUUAUUGGGUUUAUAAACUCCUUAGUGCAUGUAUUUAUGUACACGUAUUAUGGAUUGGCGGCUCUUGGACCUAACGUGGCUAAAUAUCUGACCUGGAAGAAAUAUAUGACCUCGUUCCAAUUGGUUCAGUUUGUGUCAAUCAUCGCCCAUCAUAUUUGCGCCGUGAAGAUCUCAGACUGUCCUCCAUCAAGUGGAAUAAACACGUUCAUAUCCUGCAACACAUUCUUCUUCCUCAUAUUAUUCUCCAAUUUCUAUAGAAAGAGCUACAAGAAACCGAAAACUUCUGGAAAAUCCAUUGAAAAUUAUCAAAAAGACAAGUCACAAUAGUUUUAUUUAUUGCUAGUGUUUUUUAAUGGUUCUGUGAUAAAUCUUUUUAGUAAUACUACUGCUAACAAAGUAAUAGAUAGAGUAAUGAGUCAACAACCAUUAAUGAAGCUAAAUUAUUUUUCUGGCCAUUGUAAAAUGAGUUUGAAACGGCUCCGACAGAAUGUUUACUCUAUUCUGUUAGCGAAUCGUUCGUAGAUGAAGGAUUCUGUCGUUCAAACGCCCGAUGUCAAAAUAUUUUCUCGACGAAUCGUUCGUAGACGAAGUAAUUGUCGGAAAACCGUUUCAGACUCUUGUAAAAUGCUUUAUUUUUAACUAGCUGCGGCUUGCCGCUCCGCUCAUGGCAAAAUCAAUCGUGUGUUUUACAUAAAAAUGUUCAUACCGCAUUACAUCACUCUGUGUAUUGUUUUUUUUAGUUAUUCUAUAAUUGAAAUCGGAUUUUUCUCUAUAUGUUAUUCAAAUUUCAUUAACAUCGGUUAGGCGGUUUAGCCGUGAAAGCAGCUUGGCGAACUGACAGGCUUGCAUUUCUAACUUACUGUAUGGAUUUGGGAAGUUUUUGUAAAUAUUUUAAUUAAUCAUUUUAAACUUCUAAUGUAAGCAGAUGAGAUGUGUACACCACACUUCACAUCUACUUACAUCUUCAGGUAAUCAGUUGUUGUAGAUAAUGUUAAGUUAAAUUAAUAAAUUAUUUCAAUUCCAAA